AUGGCUUCUCCUGCCGUCUCUACCUCACGAAAACCACACGUAGUUUGCGUGCCUCACCCGGCUCAAGGCCACAUCAACCCGAUGUUGCAAGUGGCUAAACUCCUCCACGCCAAAGGCUUCCACGUCACCUUCGUCAACACUAUCUACAAUCACAACCGUCUACUCCGGUCACGCGGGCCCAACGCACUCGACGGGGCUUCUUCGUUCCGGUUCGAGUCUAUUCCUGAUGGUCUACCGGAGACUGACGGGGAUACCACGCAGGAUAUCCCCGCACUUUGCGUGUCAACAACCAAGAACUGUUUAGCUCCGUUCAAGGAGUUUCUCCGGCGGAUUAACGCCAGAGGCGAUGUUCCUCCGGUGAGCUGUAUUGUUUCGGACGGUGUGAUGAGCUUUACUCUUGAUGCUGCCAAGGAGCUCGGUGUCCCGGAUGUUCUUUUCUGGACCCCUAGUGCUUGUGGAUUCAUGGCUUUUCUACAGUUUCAUCACUUUAUCGCGAAAGGUUUAGCUCCUUUUAAAGUGACAGAUGAAAGUUACAUGUGUAAAGAGUAUCUAGACAUGGUUAUAGAUUGGAUACCGUCUAUGAAAAAUCUUAGGCUAAAGGACAUCCCUAGCUUCAUUCGUACCACUAAUCCUGACGACACUAUGCUUAAUUUCGUCGUUCAAGAGGUCGAGCAAUCCAAACGUGCCACUGCCAUCAUUCUCAAUACGUUUGAUGAUCUCGAGCAUGACGUUAUCCAGUCUAUGCAAUCUCUUUUACCUCCAGUUUACUCGAUUGGACCGCUCCAUCUCCUAGCCAAGCAGGAGAUUGACGAGGGUAGUGAAAUCGCUCGGAUUGGAUUAAAUUUGUGGAGAGAGGAGACAGAGUGUUUGGAUUGGCUCGAUACCAAGUCUCCGAACAGCGUUGUGUAUAUCAGUUUUGGAUGCAUAACGGUGAUGAGUGCAAAGCAGCUUGUUGAGUUUGCAUGGGGUUUGGCGGCAAGUGGAAAAGAGUUUUUGUGGGUGAUCCGGCCUGAUUUAGUGAUUGGAGAUGCGGCUGUGGUUCCACCGGAGUUUUUAGUGGAAACGGAGGACCGAAGAAUGUUAGCGAGUUGGUGUCCACAGGAAAAAGUCCUUUCCCACCCGUCAAUUGGAGGAUUCUUGACGCAUUGCGGAUGGAACUCGACAAUAGAGAGUCUAUGCGGCGGUGUACCAAUGAUAUGUUGGCCAUUUUUUGCAGAGCAGCCAACAAAUUGUAAGUUUUGUUGUGAUGAGUGGGGAGUUGGAAUGGAGAUAGGCGGAAAUGUAAAGAGAGAGGAGGUUGAGGCAGUGGUUAGAGAGCUAAUGGAUGGAGAAAAGGGAAAGAAAAUGAGAGAGAAGGCGGAAGAGUGGCGGCGCUUGGCGGAGGAAGCCACGGAGCAUAAGCUUGGUUCCUCGGUUGUGAAUUUUGAGACGUUUGUUAAUAAUGCUCUUUUAGGAUAA